AUGGUGAUGUGCCUUUUAGGUACAUACUCCUCUCCUUAUAGCACCAAGCAUUUUGGGAACUCACUGGCUCCGGAUCCUAUAGGUAGCGUUUGGUACGCGGGACGGGACGGAACGGAGUGGGACGAGACGUUCCGUCCCACACUUCCUCCUCAUCCUUCUUCUUCAUCCUCUCCCAUAGCCGUCGACUUCACCCAGCCAGCACGCAGCAGCACGGAGCCACUACCGUCGCACUGCAGAUUGACCCAAGUGGAGGUUCAAGUGGGGAAGUUGUAUUGUGUGAGUAAGGCUGCUGUUUUACCUAUUAACAUUGAGGAUGCUGCUCGGAGUGAUGUCGAAAUCGAAAAGGCUUUGCAGGCCGGAGAAACACUUGUUCGAGUUAAUCAGGAUACCUGCUUGAAUAACCGAGUUCUUGAUUUGCGAACACCUGUGAAUCAGGGGAUAUUCCGCAUUCAGAGUCAAGUUGGCAAUAGCUUUGGGCAGUUCUUGAUAUCCGAAGGCUCUUUGCCAAAGCUGAUUGCUGGUUCAAGUGAAGGUGGAGCUGCUGUUUUUAGACUCAACUACAAGGGUCAAGAUGCCUGCCUUGCCCAGUCACCUCAGCUUCACAAGCAAAUGGCUAUACGUGGUGGCUUCGGUCGUAUUUUUGAGAUUGGUCCUGUUUUUAGAGCUGAGGACUCCUUUACCCAUAGGCAUUUGUGUGAGUUCACUGGCCUUGAUGUUGAGAUGGAGAUCAAGAGGCACUACUUUGAGGUAGAAUUAGUAAUUUUUUAG